AUGGCUUUGAAUAAGAGGAAGGGUCUGAGGGACAUUAUGGCUGGGAAAAACAAGGCGUCCACAUUGAAGGAAAAGAAGAGAAAAGAUCAGGAGCUAGAGGAAGGGGAGGUGGUGCCUCAGAAGGGGGCUAAACAGCAGAAAACUGCUAAGAACCCCAAGGAUAGAAGGGCCACCUCCGCUAAUAGUAAGGAGGAGCCCAAUGGGGCUGAGGGAGGGCAUUCUGCCCACAUUGUUGAGGCCUUGGAGCAACCCCUUCUCCUGCCCAAGGACAUAGAUGCUUUGAGACGUGUGAGGCAGCCAGACCUCUUCUUAUCCCUAAAAAGGGACCUUGCCAUGAUUACCCAAAAGGUCUUUGUGGCUGAAGAAUGGGUCAAGGAGGUUCGUAAUGAUGUUAAGAACGAGGCCCACCUCCACGUCAAGGCUGAAAAGUCCUUGAGGGCCACGAAGCAAAAGUGCAAGGAGCUAGCCUCCAAAUUGAUUGCCGAGGAGAGGAAAAGGAGGAGUGCUGAGGCCGGACUAAAGAACGCCCAGCUGGUCCUGGAGUUGAAGUCAGACUUACAAAAGGCCAAGGAAGCAGCCCAGGCAGAGAAGGAAGCGGCAGAGGCAUCAAAGCAAGUGUCCUACCUCCUCGGUAUAAAGGAAACUGAGAUUAGGCUAGCCGAGGAAUUGGUCGAGGUAUGUAAGGAUUACUGCAAGGUAACAUGGGAGGAAGCCCUCAACCUUGCAGGAGUCCCUACGAAUUCGAAGUGUUAA